AUGAGGCAGGGAGCUGUGAGUGUGAUUGCACAUCGUGUCUGUGCCCCCCAGCAGCAGCGGCGACCCCGCUUGACUGAUUGCUCUGAGAAAGGACUUUUGUCGAUCCAAGAGGAAGCGUCACUUUCAUCAGAAAGACUGCAGUGAAGUGGAAACGUGUGUGUGAGAGAGACAGAAAGGCAUUAGGAGGAGCUGAUGGAGAAAGGCACAUUGGAACCACAACGGAGAGAUGUUGGUGCCGUCUCCAAAUGCAUCCCGAAGAUUUCUAACAAAUCUCUGCAAAAUGGAACAAUACAUAUGGAACAAAAUUGUGCAUUUACUGAAGGGCAGUAUGUCUUGUCCAGAUGGACAGAUGGUUUGGUCUACCUGGGAAAAAUCAAGAAGGUGAACAAGCAUAAACACAGUUGCCUUUUAGUGUUUGAAGAUAAUUCUGAAUUUUGGAUUCUGUGGAAAGAUAUACAGCAUGCUGGUGUUCCUGGAGAAGAGCCGAGGUGUAACAUCUGCUCGGAGAAAGCAUCUGCAGCACCUAAUGAAAUUUUGAUUUGUGGCAAGUGUGGGCUAGGUUACCAUCAGCAAUGCCACAAUCCAAAAGUAGAUAGCACAACAAAUGUAUCCACUUCACCUUGGUUUUGUCGGCAGUGUAUAUUUGCAUUGGCUGUCAGGAAAGGAGGUGCUUUGAAAAAGGGACCGCUUGCUAAAGCUUUGCAGAGUGUCAAACGAGUUUUGCCGUACAACAUGGAUGAACUUAACUGGGAUUCUCUGCACAGAACCAACCUACAGCAGUGUUACUGCUACUGUGGGGGACCUGGAGAGUGGUACCUGAAGAUGCUCCAGUGCUGCAGAUGUAAGCAGUGGUUCCAUGAAGCCUGCACCCAGUGUCUGAAUGAGGCCAUGAUGUUUGGAGACAGAUUUUAUUUAUUUGUCUGCUCAGUGUGCAAUAAAGGACCCGAAUAUAUAAAACGCCUGCCCCUGAGAUGGGUAGAUGUCGUGCACCUUGUUUUAUACAAUUUAGGGGUCCGUGGAAAAAAGAAAUACUUUGAUUUUGAAGAGGAAAUAUUAAUAUUUAUUAAUCAAAACUGGUUGAGCCUCCAGCUUGGAAAGCUGACAGAAACCACAGUGCUCGAACGAAAGCAGCAUCUCCUCAAUGCUUUAAACAGCUACAAAAGCCGGUUUAUUUGUGGUAAAGAAAUUAAAAAGAAAAAAUGUAUUUUUCGUCUCCGUACUCGAGUACCUCCAGUUCCUCCGAAUAUUAUUUUACCAGAGAAUAUUGGUCAGUUGACUGAUAGUGCUUCUAACGAGAUCAAGAGAAGAGGAAAGAAUAUGUUGGUCUUUGCACCUAAGUAUGGUCCCCUACCAGAAGUGCCUCAACCUCGCAGGCGGAGGCUCCCGUUGAAGUGGGGCAUGAAGUGCAGGAAGUCAAACUGGUUUCUGCAGGAUGCUGUUCCAGAGAAUGACUUCUCAACUGCUGAAAGUGCCAGCUACCAUUUGGCGAACAUUUUUGACUUUACUGUAGAUGACAUUCAGAGUUUGAAAAGUGAUCGCUCUGAGGGAACCUUUUACUCUGACCUAGACUCAACAGAUGCUGCAAGUACAUCUGGCUCAGCCUCAACAAGCUUAUCCUGUGACUCUCCAAAGACAAUGGGGAGUCGUAAAAGGAAAGCACCAUUAGAGUAUUCACUGACCAACAGAAACAAACAGAAGAAAGGCAUCUACAGCCAUCCAGAGAAUGGAGUGGAUCAGACAGAACAACCCAUGGAUAAUAAUUACAUUAAUGGCCACACCUUUGAUAGUAUGAGUGAUGAUGAAACCUCCCUUUCGCAUCUUAAAUCCUCGAUUACUAAUUACUUUGGUGCUGCAGGAAGGCUGGCUUGUGGUGAAAAGUUCCAGGUGCUUGCUCGGAGAGUGACUUUGGACGGAAAAGUGCAGUACCUGUUGGAAUGGGAAGGUGCCACCCCCUAUUGAAUUGAAUCACAUUGGGAACUCCAUUUAGUCUGCUUAGCAACCAGCAGACCAGAGCUGAGCAAGCCUCUAUAAACUGUCUCCUGAAGUUUUUUUUUUAAAAAAUUACAAUCAACUACAGCAGAGCUACCUUAGUUUCCAGAAACAAACAUUCAGUGGAAGAUUUGAGAUCUUAUUAGGUGCCUGCUGUACUAAUAUAUUGUUUUUAAGAAUGGUACAGAUGAGGCUUUCUGCUGCUGUUGGUAGUUAAAUUUUAUGUAGGAAAUAUCUGGUUGAAGAACAUUUCCAGACCAUUCUAGCUAUCCAGUGGCAAAGAAUGAGUGAUGCACGAGUGUUAUCGAGCUGUGCAUAUAAUUUGCUAUCUCUCAAAUCAACAGCAAUGAAACCGUCUGCUUUGUUACAUCAAGAAAGUGGAGUCGAUAUAGAAAUUCAGUCAUGAUCGAUGUAAACAGCGAAACAGGCUCGACAGUUGUUUAUUUUACUGCUGCUCCCGUUUCUUAACUUCCAAUAUUCAAUUUGGAUUGUUUUGCUAAUGUUGAUUUCAGUGGCUAAUGGGUUGGUUUGCAGUCCUCAGAGUCUUAAAAUUGUGAAAUAAAGGAGGUUUUAUGCAUUGGAGUGGACAUUAGGCAAUUCAGUUGCAAGUGACUGAAGUGUCAGGUUGAGAUGUGAAUGUUUCGAUUCUACAGACUUAAACUGCAACGUUUGAUGUUGCAGUGAGUGGAAAUUUGUAUUGUAUACUGAGAAUGUUGCGAAAAGUGGGAUUAAGCCUUCGUAAAGUUGAUUUUACGUAGGCUCCACUGUACCUACUGCACUCUUAACUCCUUUUUAAUAAUAGAUUUCCGUGCACAGCUCUGCUUUACAACUAUUCUAGCUCAUUAUGUAGCCAGUUGCUAUGUAACUGAUCAAACUACAAGUAGCUUUUGAAAGACUUUUGUAUUUUUCACAGGCCUCUACUGCUUAAAUCUUCCUAUUAGCCAGCUUUGCUAAAAGUUUUAUUUUUGGCAAAAAGAAAACUUUGUUUAUUAGAUUGAAAUAUCUUGCUUCAGCGGAUGAUGUAAUAUUUAGUUGAGUUUUGCUGCUCUAGAGUACCCUAUGCCAGGGUACCAAUAUGUUCCCUGUUGGGACUGGAAUUUCAAAUGAGAAUACAUAGAAUUAUGCUUGAGAGAAUGUGAACGGACAGAUAUUUAAGCUGCUGCUCUUGCUCUGUGGGUCUGUCUUAUUUGUGUAGAAAUCACAUGCCUUGCAGUUUUUACCCUUUUGAAGAAAAGGCUUGACAAUCCUCUGCCAACAGCGGAAUUGUAAAAGGAAACAAACCUUUUUCUUUUUACUUCCAAAUUGCUGACUGUGACACUGUGUGCAGGUCACACUGUGUUAGAUUAUUUCUUGUGUUGCCCUGCUUUGGUUGGAAAUUUAUUUUGUCACUUCACUUUUAUUCCUUCAAAGGUUAUGUUGGUGGGCACUUUAACUUUUGUGUUGGGUUUUGACAGACUUUGAGGGGCCAAGUCCAAUUCUCCCAUCUUUACCAAGUGUCCUGUACACCACCAUUUGAUACGCUGAAAAGAAAGUGAAGUCGUGACACAGUACUUCGAAUACUUCAGCUUAAAAAACAGUAAUUCUGACUAAAACAAAAAUCUGGGGUAGAGUGGGGAAUCAUUUUAACAAAUCCAUUGUUUGGGGAACUGACAGGACUGUCAGUGAUCUUCCUUUUAUCCAGGUGAGUUUUAGCAGUUUGUUAGAGUCAUAGAGAUGUACAGCAUGGAAACAGACCCUUCAGUCCAAAUCGUCCAUACCAACCAGAUAUCCUAAAUAAAUUCAGUCCCAUUUGCUAGCAUUUGUCCCAUAUCCUCUAAAUCUUCCUAUUUAUAUCCCCAUCCGGAUGCCUCUUAAAUGUUAUAAUCGUAUCAGCAUCCACCACUUCCUCUGGCAGUUCAUUCCAUACAUGCACCACCCUCUGCGUGAAAAAGUUGCCCCUUCGGUCACUUAUUUAUCUUUCCCCUCUCAUCUUAAACCUAUGCCCUCUAGUUUUGGACUCCCCUACCCUGGGGAAAAGACCAUGAUUUUAUAAAUUUCUUUCAACCACAGGGGGCAAAGUUUGCAGUAGAGCAAAGUUUUACGGAGCCUUUGAGGACAGAUCCAGCGGCAGGAUUGCUGGCAAAAAGAGGCCAUUUAGCGGUGUGCCCCCUGACUUCUUGCUCUAUUGCCACUUUGCCAGCCAUGGGAAAGAGAGCUCACUUGCACAGAAUGCAGUGAACCACUUAAGUAGUUGAAUUAACAGCCUGGAGCUGCCUCUGUUUGCAUUUUACCGGUGCAGCAGAAGCCACCUCUGUGAACAGGUUGACAGCUAAGUAAAAAGUGCUGUCCUCCUGGGAUUGGAAACCUCUCUCAGUCCAGGGGGCGAUAAUACACUCCAGCCCCUGUGAUGCUCAGUGUGCACAGAAAGCUUGAAGCGUAUGAGUGGAUACUGCACACUUCUUUCUCAUGGAUAUCUGGACAUGGAGAGGCAGGUAGUCAUCCCUAAUGAUCUCCACUGUGGCUUGGCCAGACCCACCUGCAGAGUUCUGUUGAGCUCCUCUGAUCUGCCUACCCCUCCCCUCUUGGCAAUCUGCUCCCACAUCACCGGUCAACGAUCAAGAGUGUGUGGUGCAGCUCUAUCAAAUGCACCACCUUUUAUAGAACAGCAGAGAAGUAAAUUGCACACCCCUACCCCAAACCUGCCACCACAACCCACCGGGCCCCUGUUCUGUCUCCGACAGCAGAACCCCUGCUUAGUCCAAAUAUCCCAGCCAUUGAUCUCAGCAUGUACCUCAGCUGAUGUGUACACUUUCUAGCAGGAAUCACAGGAUUGUGAUCAGGAGCAAGAUCAGAUUGGAUUUGCUUUAAUUUUGACCCUUGAACUAGUCCUGGAAUCUCCCAAAACCAAAUGUAAUAUGUCUCACAGCCAACUUUGGCUGAGAUCCCCACAGAAGCAAGGAUCAAAUUAGGGACAUCCCUCUUCUGCCGGAGUCAGCUCCACACUAUCUAUGCACUAACAGAGCAAUCAUGGGAUCUGAUACUGCUUCAAUAAUCCCCUUCUGCAGAUAGUUGCAGAAAGAAAGGGUGUGCACUUUGAAAGCUGCAGAAAUUCUGCUUGAUCUCAGAAGUUGAGCUUUAAUGUCUUUGAAUGUACCAACCUGUGUUGCAAAUGCAAUUCUUGGAUAUUUUAGUUAUUAUUGAUAAUCAAAGUGUAUGAUAAUAUAUAUUGUCAUGUUUAACUGUUGCUAAAGAUGUUAUGGUCCCAUGUAGCUUAAAAUUAAAAUGGUUUUAUGAACUCUUUUAGGUAAGUUUGAAAUCAAACUGGUAUAUUUUAACUAGAUUAAAAAUGUCAGUGAAUUGUCAUUUCCUCUCAAUGAAUACAGAUGUAUUUUAAUUGUGAGAAAUGUAGUUAUUUCUCUGAAUUGAUCUGUGUGGGACUGAAAUUGGCAUUAGUGGUUGUUCAUUCAAAUCCAGUUUUCAAGAGAAUUGGCAACUUGAUUGAGUGGAUCAAAAAAUGCUGUUCUUGAAAAUAUCUUGCCUGAAGUCUCCAAUGGAGACACAUCACCUUCUUAAUGUUGACUGUGGCCAAAACAAAACAAUAAUCUGUGUGGCUGUUUCAUGUGUGCAGUUUGGAGGUUAAUUUGAUUGUGAUUUUAGACUCCAAAAAAUAAGCCCUGCUAGCCAAAGACUUGGUGUUUUUUGUGGCUAUAUUUUCCAAUUGACAAAAGAUGUUAUAAAAUUACCAAUAAAUUCUGUAGAAAUGAGGGAGACAAAGAAACAGGAGCUAGUAAAACAGCUGAUUGAGCUAAACGCCCUGAUUCACUUUUAAUAAGUGGGAUGUGAUGGAAGACACUUGGUCUGUUUGCUAUCCCCAGUUUUGUAUUAUGACCCAGUAGUAAUGGACAUGAAAGGAAUAUUUAUCUGUUGAAGACCAGUAGGAAUCUUUACCUUUGAGCUUGCACACAGGAGGAGGAAAUUGGAACUUAUUUUGCCUGUUUGUGUGGAUAUAAUGCACCUAGAAAUUGUCAAUUUUAUGGAUCAAUGUCUUACUCUGCCAAAAUGUCUGAUAAACCAGAUCCAGAAUUGGUGCCAGUUCGGAUAUGGGCUGACAACGUGCUGCUAGAUAUAUGCUCAAAGAUGGGCUGAAACCAGUUCAGCAUCCCAGGCACUCUACAUAUGAACCCAGCCACUUUUCAGAUCAGCUGCCCAGGAGGGCAAUCUAAAGCAAACAAACAGUGGAAUUAUAUGCUUAAGCAGUAGUGCCUCGUUUAUCUGGCUUCACCUGUUUCUCACAAUUUCUAGUUUGAUUUCACAAAGACAAACAUUCAGUUUCUCCUCCCUUGUAUGUUCCUCGUUCAGUUUUCAUAGUUUGCUUUGUUGAGUGGAUAGCGCUUUACUGUUACCAUCAGACUCAAAAGCUGAGUGGUGCAAGACUGAGAUCUGAGCCACGUGGAAAAACCAGUAUAAAAAAAACUAUAGUUCAUGGAAAUAGAUAUCUGGACCUCAAUUUUGAGGUAUACAAGACAAGUUGGACUAGUUUACACCAUUCUCAAGUUUUACUGGUCUUUCCUUUGUAAGGUCUGCUUGUUUCACCUUGCGCAUCCCACUGCAACUUGAAAUGAAACCCACCAAACGUACAGAAAUUCACCCAAUAAGUUCUAUGCCUGUCAGCUGUGGUGAAAUAAAGCUUUUCUCUUUACAGGUUCUGUAGGUUAAGGGUAAUUCUGCUUUCCAGUGAUGGUGUGACUUGCAUAGUGCUCAGUCCUGGCUUAGAAAACACACAGAAAUUUCCAUUACUGUGGCUAUAAAAUGUUCAGUCUAUUUUACAAAGUUCCUUUCCAUGCUCUUUGCUUUAAUAAUCUUUGUGGGAAAGAAAAUGAAUUUGCAAAUAGCAAUAUUACUUCAGAAACCAUAAUCACCGAAAUGUUUUGCUGAGUAGGCAGCACGUAAAACUUACUUUGCUGACAAGAUUGCUUAACAUGCAGACAAUCAACUUUUCAUUUUUAGUUUGUUUUACCAUUAUGGCAUAACAGUUAUCGCACUGUGGAUUAAACUGACAAUAACCAGAAUUGAGCAAUUGCUGUGACUUUCAAAUUUGGCCCCAUAACCUUUUAGUAUAGUAUGACUGUUGGGAGCAAUAUAGGUUGCAAGGGGAACUUAAAAUGGUGAAUGCUUGUUAUUGUACCAAGUCUCCAGCACUGUAAUCCAUCUUGCUGUUGGUACUCUUACGCCUCCCAAAGUGUUUGAUUAAAAUCAAUUCCAACAUGAGAAAAAUCUGACAUGACAAUCAUUGUACGAAUGUUACCUACACAAUGUGAUUUGCAUAACCAUUACAGGUUUCACAGUAUUACUUUAACAUUGUACAUUUGUAAGUGAGCACAGUAUAUAAUUACCCUUUUCCCUGUAAUGAAACAUGUACUUGUCUUAAGCAGUCAGUAUUCUUUUCUGUAUUAUCCAGCUAUGCAAAACAAUUGGCAAUAAAUUUUUGGGUUCUUA